AUAUAGAUAGCACUGGUACAUAUAUAGAAAUCUUCCGAUAGUGCAAAUUAAGCUUCGGAUUGGCCACUCAAAUGGAUGCUCGGUUUGUCCUUGCGUGGUCACUUUUGAUCUUAGGUUUCUGCGGCCUCUACCCUUACACAGUGUCGGCACAACUAAAGCAAAACUACUAUGCCAACGUCUGCCCCAAUGUCGAAACCAUCGUAAGAGAUGCAGUUGGAAAGAAAGUUGAACAAACUUCGGUCGCAGUUGCUGCAACUAUCCGUCUCUUUUUUCAUGACUGCUUUGUCCAGGGUUGUGAUGCCUCUGUAAUUAUACAGUCUACUGGAAGCAACAAGGCGGAGAAGGACCACCCUGAUAAUCUGUCCUUGGCAGGAGAUGGCUUUGACACCGUGAUCAAAGCCAAAGAAGCUGUUGAUGCUGUCCCAAGCUGCAAAAACAAAGUCUCCUGCGCUGAUAUUCUCGCAAUGGCAACCAGAGACGUCAUUGCACUGUCUGGGGGGCCUUCUUAUGCUGUGGAGUUGGGAAGAAUGGACGGGGUGAGCUCAAAAGCAACGAGCGUAGAAGGGAAGCUGCCAAAGCCACUCUUCAAUUUGGACCAGCUCAAUACAAUGUUUGCUGCCAAUGGUCUCUCCCAAAUGGAUAUGGUUGCUCUCUCAGCUGCACAUACCGUCGGAUUCUCUCACUGCGGCCGAUUUGCAAACCGUAUAUACAAUUUCAGCCGUCAAAACCCAGUGGACCCUACGCUGGACAAGAAUUAUGCAGCUCAGCUGCAAUCACAGUGUCCCAAGAAUGUGGACCCCACGAUAGUCGUCAACAUGGACCCAAUCUCACCCAAUACCUUCGAUAAAGCAUACUUUAAGAAUCUGCAACAAGGCAAGGGACUGUUCAGCUCGGACCAAGUUCUGUUCACGGACACAAGGUCCAGGCCAACUGUAAACAGUUGGGCAGUCAGCACUUCUGCCUUUGAAACCGCCUUUGUCUCCGCCAUCACCAAGCUCGGUCGCGUCGGGGUCAAGACAGGGAAGAAUGGCAACAUUCGUCGUGAUUGUGCUGCUUUUAAUUGAAAGUACUACGCCCCAAAAAAUUCAUGAGUUAGAAGGUCUAAGCGAAAAAAUACAAUUAAAUAAUUAAAUCACUACUUCUUAUUUCAAAAACUUAA